ACAAAAAUAGCAGACGACAGUGCGCUGCGACUGCGACAGCUGCCGUCCCGCCUCCUCGCGGUGCCUGUAUGUGAACGUGGAGGAGGCCUGGCGAUCCGUUCAUAGUUUUAUCGAAGUUUUCUCGAAGCGCGAAACUUUUACGAACGACGGACCCACCGCGAAAAUGGCCGAGGUAACGGACUUCGGACCGAGAAAAACAUUUUUUAUACUCGCGAUCGUAUUCGGCUGCUUCACGGUGCUGUGGCCGAAAAUUCUGCAUCCUAUGUUCAUAGGACUUGUCACUCCACGUCACUCCGACGGAUCGGUGUGCUGCGAAGUGAUAUUUGAAAGCGAUGUCACUGCAGUGGACAUCAUGCAAGAAAUGUGUCAAAACAUACUGAGGCAUCAUCCGGUUGAUUCACGCGUAAGAGACGCGUUAAAGCUUAGCAAGCUGACCCCUCAAACCGCGAGCUUGUGUAGAGAGGAGGUCCUAGCCAGAUGUAGCAUAGACUUGUCAUCUUUCCUCGCCGAACGGGAAAGCUUGGGGAAAACCUACAGACAAGUGUUAGAGGAAAUUCGUUCGUUCAAUAGCUCCCUUUGCCUUAAAGUGAAUUUUGGCGUGCCACUGUCGCAAUUAGGGAUGCCUCAUCUUAUCAGAUAUCAUAUCUUGAUGCCACACAAUACUAUACCACAAGAGCGUCGUACUCCUCCUCAUGCAGGCGGAAUGCAUCCUGCGUUGAGAGAAAGGGGAAGGGCUAUACCAUCUUCUCACAUCGUACCAAAGAUAAUAGACAGGCCAGACCUUGUUAAACCAAAAAUGAGACCACCUCUUGGCGGUGCUGGUCGUGUUGUUCCAGCACCCAAGGGAAACGGUACAAUGGGGAUUGUGAUGCCGCUAUAUACAAUAGGGAUAGUUUUGUUUUUCGUAUACACCAUUAUUAAGGUUUUGAAAAAGAAUUCCGAUAGCGAAAUUAUUUCGGAAUAUCCGGGAGCAGCUGCAGAAAAGGAAUUUCGGAAAAUGGUAUUCAGUCCAGAAGUUCUCGCGUCUGCAAUGACUGGAGGCGCUCUACAUUAUCCGAGGGAGAAGUCACCACACAAAACUGCUCCAACUAUCGAGGAGUUAAAUGAUCAAGCGGCAGGAGACAUAGAGAUAGAUCAACUGAGACAACGAUUGGUCGAGACGGAAGCAGCCAUGGAAAGAAUUGUUGUCCAAAUGGGCAACAUAUCACGUUCAGUAAUGCAUAACUCAAGCUCACAGCCAGAAAUCAAGGAGGACACUGCAGACCGGGAAUCACAUAGUAGGGAAAGUGAAGAGUUAGAUGCAGCAGAACAAUCGCCGACAGUUAAAGUUAUGGGUAUGGAAAUGACAGCUAGUUGUGAAAGUGGACAGAAAUGUAGUAGACCUACCACUCCUAUUAUUCCUAUACCAAGUAAUGUUGAAAGAGAAAAAACGCCGCCAAAACCCAUAUAUUUAGAGGGUGCACUUCCGCCACAAUGUGAAUUACUAGUGACUGAUUCAGAAACUCAAGCUGAAAAGUCAGAAGACGACGACGACGCGCCAGUUGUUCUCUCAGGCAAGAUGACUCUCUCCCUCAUCAGUCUCGACCAGAUUCCAGCUGUAAGGAAAUAUUAGAAUUACCAACAGAAUCAAAUGAAUCUGCGGAGCCUUGUUUUAUUUGGAUUCGGAGACUGAAGUUCCAGAUGCAAAGAGAACAAAUGUCAUGAGUAUCGAAGCAGAAAGUAAAAAUGAAUUAGAUAAGUCAAAUAUAAUAUUACAAGACAUAGAAAAAGAAGAGGAAGAAGAUGAAGCAGAGGAUGAAGAAAAUGAAU